GGGGUGUCUGUAAUUUGAUUCAUUCAUCCAUACCAUACGUAUUUGAUUGAAAGAUUUUUUUUUGAACAGUGAUUGAAAGAUUCGUUAGCGGGAAUAUGGCGGACAGUUGUUUGGGUCCCCCGCUUUGGAAGUCCCUCCAGCUUCCAUUUGUCAACAGCUCUCUCUCUCCUUUCCGAUCCCUCCCCAUGGCUUCCUCCCGGCCCUCGCUUCACCCCUGCCACUGCUCCUCCUCAAACCCUAACCCAAGUCAACCAUCCUUGCUCGUCUUCUCAGGCGGAACUGCCUUUAAUGGUGUUGUUGAAGAGCUCAAAAAGUUAACUACUCGGGUUGCACAUGUUCUCCCUGUUUCUGAUGAUGGAGGAAGCACUGCUGAGAUUGUUCGUGUGCUUGGUGGUCCGGCUGUUGGAGACAUAAGGUCAAGAUGUUUGAGAUUGUCUGACCAGAGCACAGCUGAGGCGCUUGCUGUGCGAAGGUUGCUUGGUCAUCGCUUACCUCUUGAUGCACAAGAAGCCAAAUCAGAAUGGUAUGCUAUAGUGGAAGGCGAACAUUUUCUGUGGAACGGUGUUUCGAAACCCUACAGGGAAACUAUUCGAGCCUUUUUGGCUUACUUUCAGAAUCAGAUCCUUCGUCGUUCCAAUGAAUCAUUUUGUUUCAGCAAUGGAAGCAUUGGAAAUUUUUUCUUUGCAGGAGCACGCAUAUUCUUUCAGUCUUUAGAUGCUGCAAUAUUUUUGUUUUCACGCGUUUCAGAUAUUCCUGCUGAAAGUGUGGUCCUCCCGGUGAUAUCCACCAAUGACAGGCUUACGCUGGGCUGUGAAUUGUGGGAUGGUACCGUCAUACGAGGUCAGAAUGAAAUAUCUCAUCCAUCCAACGGAUCCAUGGAACCUAUAAAUAAGGUAAGCUCUUCAACUCCAGCACUUCCUUCAAGAAUAAAGCGGGUGUUCUACAUGUCAAGCGAGGGCAGCAAUCUAUUGCACGAGGUUUUUCCCAGUGUAAACCCCACUGUCCUGGACCAGUUGAGCACUGUUGACAGCGUCAUUUAUGCAAUGGGGUCCCUUUUUACUUCAAUCUGCCCAUCGCUGGUUUUACUUGGCAUGGGGGAGAGUAUCUCGUCACGGUCUUGCCCAAAGGUACUUCUGUUGAAUGGUACGGAUGACAGAGAGACCUGUGGCUUUUCUGCUUCUUGCUUUGUAACUGCUAUUACAGAUGCUUUAAAUCGUACUUAUGGAGGGCCUCAUAAUUGUCUUAAAAACCAGCCAAGUCAAUACAUCAACACGCUUUUGGUCCCCAAAGAUGGUCGCAUUCCAGUAGACGUUGACCGCUUGGCUGCUCAAGGAAUCUUUCACGUAAUAACUGUUGACUCCAUUCAUGACCCAAAAGUUGGUGUAAUUUUCCACCCUGAAUCACUAAUUCAAGCCCUCGGUGAUUUGCUAUCCUGGGAAGAUGCACUGUAAUGCACGAGCACUAAUGUUGCUGCCGGCAUUUAAUCACUCUUUGAUCGCACAAAUGAAAAGCAAGGAUGAUCUGACUGAAAUCUUGGCUAGAACCGGACAAACAUUUUGGAACAGAGGGAGUACUUGACUGCGAUUAAAUAGAUCUACUGUUUUACUCUCCACAGGAUUCUGCAAAUCUACUUGUAACUGAUGGUUAAAAUCUGGCAAUAUUAUCUCAUGCUACAAGUUGGUUUGUCUCCCACCGUUUGGAAUGCACAUGUGGGCUAUUUAUGGCUCAAAGGAACUCAUAGCAAAAUCUGUCUACCGGAACUGCAUCUGCUUGAGAAAGUAUUGGAGGGGUAAUUUCUAUUGUGAGGCUUUUAACACUCAGCAAUAUUUUAGUGUAGAUUCUUUUCCGUAUAUUUUUACUUCAGCCAUUAAAACAAGAGGUGUGGAUUCCCUCCUGUAGAAUUACGAACGGGGAAAGCAUGAUUUGUAGGAAGUCUUGAACCUUGUUUGAUAGGUAGAUUACCACAUGGUCUGUAAAUUUGUGCUUGGAAUUUUGUUUCUGCAAGCAUUUGAAAGAACCAUUUAUAUCUUCGCAAGCAUGGUUUUCCUCAA